GAAGGUAGUGAGGUAAGGAUUGGCCAGAAUCACUUCCUACUUGAGAAACGUCCCAGAUGGUGACUAUACUUAGCCAAUGUGCCAUUGGACCAGAAGAAAUGGACUUUUCCUCGGCAAGCGGGUUAAUUAGAUCUGGGAUGUGCAUUAUACAUACAGAACAUCCUAAUUGCCUUUUGUUAAUUAAAGCAGAGGAGGUCAAAGCUGCUGACUUACCAGUUUUGAAUUCAUCAUUUAGCUCAGGGAAAGGGAUUGCACUGUUUACCUCUUGAAGCUACCUGGGAUGAAAUGUCUCUGUGGCCACCUCGUAACAUGGUUUGACCCGAUGCCAGGAGAUUGCAUUUGGAGUGGCUAAGACGACAGAGUAGAAAAGGGCACGUCAGCUGAAAGGGAAGAUGGAGAUGCCAGUGGACUGUGGAGGGAUAUCAACAGCAGACAAUGCGCCUCAGAGACUGGGUUUCAAAGAUAAGGCCCAAGGCCAAGUCUUUUCAUUCCUGCACAGAUGCAUUACCCGCCGGUGUCGUUGCCGAUUUUUUUUUUCCAGCGCACACUAUGUCGUCACUUGGUAUGAGCAACACAGACUACCUCAAUUGUCUUUUAUGGCCGUCACCACAGCAACUAAACGAGUUAUAUCGUUUUAAAUAAAGAAACAACUCAUUAUAACUGAAUCAAAAAACUAAUUCCAAACCAAUCAGCUUUCUGUCUGGUCUGAGCCACAGUUAUCCCUUACAAUACAGCUAGAUUUGUACCAUGCGAUAACUUUUGUAGGAAACUGUGUCCUUUAACAAAGCAACUUACAGUGAGUGUCACCUGCUCCCUCACAGUCUAUGCCUGUGCGAUCAGCCCUAUUUAAGUGUAUUCAGUCUCAGAAUGAAAUGUUGCCACCAUAUUCAUCUAACACUGUACUGUUAAGCAUUUUGAGUGGUCAUCAAGACUAGAAAAGCGCUGUAUUGAUACACACCAUUACCAUUUACUUUGUGAAUCUGGGUACUACUGAAUCUCUAGCUUAAAGAGCUGUACACAGGAAGGAGUUAGUAUUGCUGUAUGAAUAUGAUUUAUACUGGGUUGAAUUUCAUUUCAUUUUGAUCGACCGGGUCGUUCAGAUAAGAAGCUUGUGAUUGGAAGAAAUUUGUUUUCUCAGUUGACAUCUGGGUUAUGCGGUGGAAUCAUCUGAGCGCUGAUGUUAUAAAGUGCUUCCUUCUGUCCUCAAUAGAGUUUAUGUUGUGUGAUUGUAUGUGUGUGUGUUUGAGUGUGGGUGUUGUUUUUCUAGUCUGACGACAGCUGUCUCCAUAGCACUUACAGUUUGUAAGCUCUAUGGAGUGUGGCUAGUAGGGAGAGGAAGGAGGGUGUGUAUACAGUUAUCUUGAAGGGGCAUUUCACUGCUGUUAAUGUGGAUAUUAUUAAAUAUCGCUGGUCUAUAGGCCAUUGACUCAUAACCUCUGAAGACCCAAACAAAACCAGUGUUUCUUUGAAUGGAGAUUAAAUACGGUGCUUACACUUACUAGGUUCAAACUUAAUCCUGCUCACCACAGAAAUCAAGCAAGCAUAGCAAGCAUUACUUAUGUGUUUGUAAUACGAGAGGCAUUUGAACAAUGCAGCCUGCCGAUGAUGGUAAAAACUUCAAGGUGUUUUACGGUCCAGUGAACCACCGAUGUGGAUAAUGGGUGAAUUUUCAUUUUUCUCUGAACUAUCCCUUUAACACUACCUGGUAGCCUUAGUAGCCUAAAUGUAUUGAAUAUAAACAUACAAAUAUAAUGUUUGCAACAUAUUGAAAUAUAAUUAGAUUAAACAUUUGGAAUAGAAUAUAUAUAUAUAACUUCACUACCAGUGUUUCAGCUGUUUUUAUUCCAACUAGCUGCCCUGAUGCUGCCAGUUGUUCUGUCCAUUCCUGCUGGAAGGCAAUAAUAUCAAUAGCAGCUCGAGCUUAUGCCUCUGCUUGGUGCACGUACUCAUCUUUAUUCUGUGACUCAUACAGUAGAACUCUUGUCAAGACUCUGACAAGUGCUAUGGUUAUGUUGAGCAAAGAUUUUUCAACAUCUGGGAAAAAGAAUUUAACUGAAAUGUGAUUUUCAAUUUACAAACCCUCCCUGUAUUUUCUUUACAUCAUCCGCUGAUGUCAGAGGAGUGAAUACAGAAACUAAAUUCAGCUCGGCUAAUAUUUAGAAAAUAUUUAUAAGUACCCUAGACGUCAUAGACACACCACCCCAUGACUAAUCCAUUAAUAUGGUUGAAAAGCAGUGAAGUGCCCCUUUUGAAUCUAUAAUAAUGAAUAAAAUAUGUAGCGAGAGGGAUAUAGCUGAAUAGAAAGAUGAGAUAUGGAACAUAAGGGCUAUUUUCAAGCUAAGAUGCCGCUCUCCUGCCCAUCCUGAGGAGAGGGAGUAGGAGGGGCUCAGCUUAUUCGUUAUUAAGUACUUGGAGGCUGCUGCUUUCAUACACACUCGCAGAGAGAAAGAGACUGUGUGUGAGGGAGGAAGGGAGCUGUUGGUUGAAGGAAGCGUAGAGGAGAGCGGCGUACUGCACUGCCUCAGCGACUGCUGUCUGAGCUACUGUGUGUGUGUGUGUGUGUGUGUCUGUAUGUGAGUGUCUUUGUUGCUUUCCUCACUCACACGAUAUCUGCGUGGGACAGAUCGGACUGUUCCCCCAACCUCCCCCAUUCCUCGACCCUUCUACUCUUUUGAGUUUCCUUACCUUACCCACACCCACGUCCCUCAUCCCUGCUUCCCCACAAGGGAGCUGCGCACCGGCCCCAUGAUGAAGGAGGAGGGCCUGCUGGGUCGUCGCCGUUUCUCCACGUGUGGCGGCACGGCAUCGCUUCGACCGCCGCAUCCGGACGGACGCAAACUCAUCCGCAAUGCCUCCUUCGGGGGCUAUAACGAGCUGUCGCCCCUGUCGCUGCCAGGUUUUGAAAGAGGGAAGGAGGACCUCUUGCCUCUGCCUUUAAAAGAGGACUCACAUUCCAUUUCAAAGAGCAAGUCUGAAACAAAGCUGUACAAUGGCUCAGACAAGGAUGUGUCGGCGUCUGGAGGAAAGCUCACCAAGAAGGAGUCCCUCAAGGUGCAGAAGAAAAACUACAGGGAAGAAAAGAAGAGGGCGACCAAGGAGCUGCUCAGCACCAUCACUGACCCCUCUGUCAUCGUCAUGGCCGACUGGCUGAAGAUCCGCGGCACUCUGAAGAGCUGGACCAAGCUGUGGUGCGUGCUGAAGCCAGGCGUCCUGCUCAUCUACAAAACCAACAAAAACGGCCAGUGGGUGGGAACGGUGCUGCUCAACGCCUGCGAGCUGAUCGAGAGGCCCUCCAAGAAGGACGGCUUCUGCUUCAAGCUCUUCCACCCGCUGGAACAGUCCAUCUGGGCCGUCAAGGGUCCUAAAGGGGAAGCGGUGGGCUCCAUCACGCAGCCAUUACCCAGCAGCCACCUCAUCUUUCGUGCUGCCUCUGAGUCUGAUGGUCGAUGCUGGAUGGACGCCUUAGAGCUGGCCCUGAAGUGCUCCGGCCUGCUGAAGAGGACCAUGAUCCGUGAGGGGAAGGACGACAUGAGCACAGUCGCUACUGGCGGAGAACACUCCAUUAAUUUCUACAGUCUCCUGCGAGCCCACAACAUGCACGGUUUCCAGUUCAGUGACAGUGACCAUUUGAAAGACCCGGACCUGUACUCGGACAAGUCGGACCGAGAGGGAGAGCAGGACCACGAGGAGUCGGACCCAGAAGGCCUGGAGAAGAGCGAGGAGAGCGACAGCGACACGUCGGAGCGCCAAGACGACUCGUACAUUGACCUUGAUCCAAACGAACAUCUGAGGGAAACCCCGUACCUGGAGCAGUCCCACGAGGAACUGGGAGAGGCUGGUGAGGCUGCGCAGACAGAGACGGUAUCGGAGGAGAAUAAAUCUCUGAUCUGGACGUUGCUGAAGCAGGUCCGACCUGGCAUGGACCUGUCCAAGGUGGUGUUGCCCACCUUCAUCCUGGAGCCAAGAUCCUUCCUGGACAAACUCUCGGACUACUACUACCACGCAGACUUCCUGUCAGAUGCUGCGAUCGAAGAGAACGCCUACAGCCGCAUGAAGAAGGUGGUGAAGUGGUACAUUUCUGGAUUUUACAAAAAGCCAAAGGGGUUGAAGAAGCCUUACAACCCCAUUAUUGGGGAGACGUACCGCUGCAUGUGGCUCCACCAGAGGACAAGCAGCAAGACGUUCUACAUCGCAGAACAGGUUUCCCAUCAUCCUCCGGUGUCUGCCUUCUAUGUCAGCAACAGGAAGGAUGGGUUCUGCCUCAGUGGCAGCAUCCUUGCCAAGUCGAAGUUUUAUGGUAACUCUCUGUCGGCCAUAUUAGACGGGGAGGCUCGUCUCACUUUUCUCAACCGAGGGGAGGACUAUGUGAUGAACAUGCCCUACGCCCACUGUAAAGGUAUCCUGUACGGCACCAUGACACUGGAGCUGGGAGGACAGAUCACCAUUGCCUGUGAGAAAACAGGCUACAGCGCUCAGCUCGAGUUCAAACUGAAGCCAUUCCUGGGCAGCAGCGACAGUGUCAAUGAGAUCUCUGGAAAGAUCAAGCUGGGAAAGGAGGUGUUAGCCACACUAGAAGGACACUGGGACAGCGAGAUCUUCAUCAAUGACAAGAAGACGGGGACGGUGGACACUUUCUGGAAUCCGACACCAGAGCUGAGACAGAGUCGACUGACCCGCUGCACAGUCCCACCAGAGGACCAGGGGGAGUUUGAAGCAGAAAGACUGUGGCAGCACGUGACCCGGGCCAUCAACAACAAGGACCAGACCGAGGCCACCAACGAGAAGUUCUUUCUGGAGGAAGCUCAGAGGAAGUCGGCCCGCGAGCGGAAAGCAAAAUGCGAGGAGUGGAUCUCCGCCCUGUUUGAGCAGGACCCCAUCACUGGAGAGUGGCAUUACAGAUAUGCUGACACAAGGCCAUGGGAUCCACUCAACGACCUGAUCCAGUUUGAAAAGGACGGCUGCAUCCAGACCAAGGUCCGACACCGCACCCCUAUGGUACGUUCUGGCAGUCUUAUUAGUCUGAGUAACCAGGGGCCGCGGAGGGACAAUUGCAAGUGCCAGGUAACGGUGCCAAAGAGGAAACAUAAGAGCGACAAGCCCAAAAGUCCAGAGAGUGGCUGCUCUUCACCUGAACCCGACCGUCAGGACUCGUCUGGCAGCGAACGACACAAAAGCAAACACAACAGUCGGCUGAGGAAAAAAGGAGCCGACCUCAGUGAACUUCAAAGUGCCAUUGAAUCCAUAAAGCAGACGCAGGAGGACAUCAACAGGAGCAUCAGUGUGCUGCGGAGUCGUGCGUCAGGCCGGGUGGAGGGCAGCUCCUUCCUCCAGCAGCGCGACUACGUCAUCAUCUUUUUCCUCAUCCUCCUUCAGGUCGUGAUCAACUACGUCUUCAAGUAGCAGCCAUACCCCACAGAGAGAGCGUGAUGCCCUUACACACAAACACACACACACAUAUAUAUAUAUAUAUAUAUAUAUAUAUAUAUUGUACACACACUCUGAGCCUUAGGCUUCACAACGGGGUACGAAGAGUAUAAACUUUGACCUUUUAAGUGACAGUCUCCACCAACUGUGUUCAUCCGUCUUUAUUGAAUCCAACUGCAACACGUCCAGAGGAGAAGUGGAGACUUCAACACACAAAAAAGAGACUUUUAAAAACUCUUUAUUUAUUUUCAACCUAUCCAUUCCGAAACUCUUGAGAGAUCCACAGAUUUCAAAGCGGAGGGGAGCAGCGGAGAGGAGUCAUCCGUGUAGAAAAGUCUCGACUGCCACUCUGAAGCUUAUUGAUUUGCCUUGAUGUAAAGGCAAAGACAGCAGCCAUUUUUUAGCUGUUCUUUGUGUUUUUUGUUUUGUUUUGUUUUUCCACCAAUGAUGGGAAACAACUCUGUCGAAUCACAUUUCACCUCAAAAGACAGGGAACAUCUUCACCCGGAGACGAGUACCAUCACUCAGAUGGUAACCAAGACAAAGAAAAAAACUUUUAUUUUGAUGUUUUCGUGUUGUUGCUCUUCUGUUUUGCUUGGCGUGCCGUGGUCUGCGUCGAACAAACAGCGACGAUAAGGGAGACAGAAACAAAGUGGUCCAAAAAGCGAUGUGACUUAUUUUUUUAUUAUCACAUACUUUCACAGAGGCUCGUGGAGAGAAAAGACGAGCGAGACAAAAUAACACAAGUGAUACUGUCAAAAGGAACAGAAGCUAUACUUUCUGCUGUGUAAUAAAAUGUCACCUUUUGCAUACAAAGUCGAUGUUUAAGAAAAAAAAUGAAGUCCGAUGUUUGACACAGCGUCAUUGUAGACCGUAGCGUGUACAGACGGCAGCGUGGUUAGGACUUUAGCCCUAUGUACAGUAUUUUUGUUUGAAGGCACAAAUGCACUGGAAAUGUUUGUAUUGUAAAUACAUUCGUCAUUCUAUCAGUUCAAA